AUGGAGUCGACGGAGGAGACGAUCUUGAAUAACGAGGACUCGGGGAGCUUCAACGAGGCGUUUGCUUCCUGUUUAGCUAGAAAAGAGUUCGGGACGCUCGAGUGCGCGAAUCGCGGUGCUCUGAGUGCUCUGCAGUCGUUCAAUCAGAUAGACGAUCUAGAUUUUGGCGAGGUACAUUUGGAGAGAGCUGACGGUUACGGCAGAGAGUUGCUAGAUUGGGACUACGAUCCGAAAGAUUUCGGAAAUAUCGUGAAAGCAGCGACUAGAUUGAUGGAACGUAGAAGUAUGAAGUGGAAUUUGGAUAAUUUCUAUCCAGGAUUACAGUUGCGAGCUGGACCAAUGUUGAAUGGCAACGGGAUGCUGGAAUUUGUGAUGAACGAGAGAUCCGGUGCUUUUGGAGACAGGCAAGCUGGUCCAGGAAGGCAAAUGAUGAGACACCUGCUGAUACCGUUCCUGUUAGGCUUCAAGUUCAACCUGGCCUCCUUGAUACCGCUGCUUUUGCUCACGAAGAAGGCUCUGUUGCUGACGAAGAUAGCUCUGCUGAUCAGCGGUCUGUUAGGCUGGAACUCACUAUGGUCCACGGCUUCUGCGCCCUAUCCACCCGGGGGAGGAUACCAUACGUACGGUCAGGAAACGCCUAUAGGAGGAUUUCCUUACUACGAACAGCAUAAUUUCCAACAUAGACCGUACAGAGGAUAUCAAGGUAACCAUUUCGAACCGUACACUCAGCACGUGAUCAGAGAGGUCGUCGACGUUUACGAUAACAGCGAGGAAGUGGGGAAGAACAAACGAAGUGGGAAGAAUUUCGUUUGGGUGAAGAGUAGCUGA